AAUGAGCCUCAAAGUUUACUAUUUUGAAAAACAGUCUUAAAAUUUUAUUGAUAUUAGUCAUAUUUAUUUCGUUUGUGAACUCUUAAAUGGUAUUUUUAAAUAUUACUAAAUCUUGGGGUUUUAAUAAAAAGAGAAAACUCGAUCUUUUUUAAUGGUCCGAGACAAGGCGGCGAGCGAGUCCCCAAUCCAUUCUCUUCUCCGGCGAGAUCGAUCUGACGGCCACCAAUGGCACCGCGUCUGUUCGCAUGCUUCGCCGGCGGGAGGGAGGUGGCUUCGUCGUCGAGUUCGCCUCCUGAGGCGAAAGCGACGGCGGACCUGACGGCGGAGGAGCAGCGCAGGAUGGGUCCGGUGCUGGUGGAGCUGUUCUCGUCGCAGGGCUGCGCCACCUCUCCGGACGCGGAGGAGGUGGUGUCACGGAUCUGCAGCGGGGAGCUCCGGCGCGGGGACCUGCCGCCGGUGGCUCUGCUGGAGUUCCACGUGGAGUAUUGGGACUACCGGGGGUGGCGGGACCCUUUCGGCUCCAGCCUCUGGACGGUGCGACAGAAGGCCUACGUGGAGACGCUCCGGCUGGAUACUCUGUACACGCCGCAGGUGGUGGUGAACGGCCGCGCCCAGUGCGUCGGCACAGACGUCGACGCCAUUUGCGCCGCCAUCCAAUCCGCCCCCCGAUUCCCUUCCCCUACGAUGCAGAUGAAAUUGAACAGGACGGCGGACGGGACAGCGCUGCAGGUGUCCCUUAGCGGCGCCUUGGGCACCAGGGUCGACGGCGGCGGCGCGGACGUGAUGGUGGCGCUAUACGAGAGCGGGCUGGUGACGGAGUGCGCGCAGGGCGAGAACAGAGGCCGCGUCCUCACGAACGAUUUCGUGGUCCGGCGGCUGGAGAAGCUGAGCCACGUCAAGAACAUGUCGCCGAAGAAGAAAGUGUCGGGGUCCGUCCGUUUCGCCCUCUGGGAGGGCUUCGACGCCGCCAACUGCGGCCUCCUCGUCUUCGUCCAGAACGGCUCGCUCCAUACCUUCGGCAUCCAGCAAUUGCAGAUCCCAGACGCCAUCUGAUCGAUCACUGCUCCACAAAGGAUCUCCUCGAACAUUCCGUUCUUCCAUGAAUCAUCGUUCCCCUUCUUCUUCCCCUGAUUUAUCCUUGAUUUUAUUAUUAUUAUUAUUAUUAUUAUUAUUAUUUUGGCCUUCCCCUGGUUGGACAGCUAGUUCGAAUCGAUUGACACCUAUCAUGAGAUUAUUGUCUCACCGCUGCAUUGUGUCCGGGGGCAGCCUUGUUUCGUUCUUCAUGGAUAUUAUCGUAGUAUAUAAGAUUGUAAAAUAUAUUGUUUAUUUGACAAAGGAAUUAAGUUAAUCAUUGAAAUA